GCCCUCUCUCUCUCUCUGUCUCUAUUUCACAAAGUGCGCUCCGAUUCUGAAUCCUAGAGAAGGCAAAAGAAGUAGAAUCAGGAUGAACCCACAAGUAGAUAAGCUGGUGAAGAGGACAACCAUAGUGGCUACUAUUACUGCUUCUUAUUUUCUCUUGACUGCUGACUAUGGCUCGGAGCCCAAUGUUCUUGACCCUAUUAAGAGGGCGAUAAAGUCUGCAGAAGGCUCUGUUAAAGACUUCAUCUUUGGAUCGAAGACUCAACCUCCAGAAAGCAAAGUGCAGAAGCUGAGCACUAACAGUGCAAAGGAACAUCCUUAGUUAGAUAGGCGGUUAACCUUGUAUAGAACAUAUCGGCUUAGAGACUUUUCACUGUUCGUUUGGCUGUGUCUGCAGCAGUGAUGUUGAACCUUGUGUACCUUCCGCAGAGAGAUAUUUUCAUGUUUUGUUUAUGUAGGAUCUUUUCCAAACUGCCUAGAUAAAAUCCAACUUUGUGCCUCUCUCGA